AUGUUCUACGCGUGUCUGGCCAUCAUGAUACUCUUCGUUAUAAUGUGUUCCUGCAUCACAAUGGCCAUCAUCGACCUGGAAAUGUACAAUUUCGGCCUCUACAUUGUUCUUUUAUGCAUCGUAGGUGAGCCCAUCGCCUCGCCCUUGUCCCAUGUGCAAAAAGAGCAUCCGAUUCAGGAACGAUGCUCGCGUGCGCCCUUUGCAUUGCCAAUCCGGGAGCGUGCGCGAAUCCCAUGUGGUACACAAAUUUCUGUCUUUUAUUACAUGUGAGUGAGCCACAAACCAUUAAAAAUAGCAGUCGGAGGGUUUGCAGGACUACAUGCAAGAAAUGUAUCCAGUGCAUCCGGACGGCACUUCCAGUCCCAAGAUGACCGGAUUGAGGGCUCAAAUGCAAAGGCACGCGGCACAAAGUAUGGCCACGUCGGAAGAUGGGACACGGCUGACAGUCCGCCAGGAAUCGAGGGCUACGGUAGCCAUGUUGGCGCCGGCGGUUCACAUAAUGCACCAGGUGAGAAGAGAGGAGAGAACGAAAGGAAGAGAAAUGGAUUCAGGUGUGGAAAGGAAUGGCGUGGGUGACGGACGGAAUCGAGGAGGAAGACGAGGACACGAGGAUGUCGAUGUACGACAAAAUGGAACAGGUUUCGAGAGGGAGCAAGAGCCGAACGGAUCGAUUGAUUUCAGGGAACUUCCGACGAGACACGCUCCGGCAGCGACCACGCACUCAAGAGACUCUCCACCAUUGCGGAGACCAGUUCCUACAUUCUCAGAGAGCUCGUGAGUCGUUUUCCACCGGAUAAGCUUUGUAUUUUCUCACGAUAUUCCAGGAAGAUCCGAGCAGUGAGAUCAAUUCGCGCAACGACGUCACCCUCUGA